AUGGUCGGCCUACUCCUCGUCCCGUACAAUGACAGCAUGCGCCUCGGCCAGGGGUACGACUCGUUUCUCCAGGAGGCGCGCGCGGACGGCGCAGUGACCUUUGGCAAGGAGCGCAUCUCGCAAACAAGCAUCGACCACACGGCGCCCGUGUCGCAGGUCGUCAGCUACUCGUCGCGGUUCGUCGAGAAGCUCUCGGAUAUCACGCAGUCGAUGAAUAUCUCGGCGGGCAGUUCGAUCAAGAGCGGGACGAUCGAGGUUUCGGGGAGUUCGCUCACCGUUGAUGAGGCCAAGUUCUCCUCGUCUGAUAUCAAUGCCGUUGUCUCGGUUAAGGUGAUCAAUCGCUUCGUCGAAGGAGGCGAACUGCACGGCAUCGUCUCAGUCCGAGCGCUAGACCGCAGCAAAAAAAGCAGCAUCGAGUCCGCCCUCAAGAGCGCCUUAAACAGCGCAACCGACAACAAAGACUUUACCCUCUCAGCAUCCGGCGUCGCGGGGGGUGUGGAUUCGGCGCUGAGCGCAUCCGAAACCACCAUCUCAGUCAACUGGAUGGGCGGCGGGCAGGUCAAAAACGAGCACGAUGAAUGGUCGCUGCAGGAGCUCUUCAAGGCCGCCGCCGCAUUCCCUGCGCGUGUGAGCAAAACACCCAAACGCACGCAUGCCAUCCUAACCAAGUACGAUAAUAACCUCAGCUUCCUGGCCUGGGCGCAGCCGCGCCAGAUCAAGAUCCCGCAGUAUGAUGCCUCGUAUGCGUAUGCGCGCGAGUUGUUGGAUAUGUAUAUGACGUACAAGGCGCAUAUGACGCUCAUACAGGCUGCGCUGGCGGCGCCGGAGAAGUAUCAGAGGAGUGAGGCUGUGGAUGCGGUGGAUGUUUCGAUCCGCGGGCUGGCGACGACGCGGAAGAUGAUUAGGGCUGAGAUGUCGACUAUUGUGGAGGAUAUUGAUAAAUUGGAUAAACACCCUGAGUUGGCUAAAGCGAUAGAGGCUGAGUCUCGAGUAACGGCGCCAGAGCUCUGGGCCGUUCGGCUGCCAGUCAAAAUCUCCAACGGUUUUGGAACAAGUGAUGCAGAAGCGGUGCAAAUGAUCGAGAAUGGGCUUCUGCAAUUCUCAUUUGAGAACGGUCCCCCAGUCGAAGAGCCCGCAGCCCCCAAACCAGAUCCCAUCCGACAGGCCCUAGAGGAGACAAUGGCAUCCACGCAGGCUGAAUGCGUCAAGCUUGCAGAAAAAGUCGCCGAGACGCAACGGGCUCUCGAAAUCACGCAGGCCGAGCUUGCACGUACGCAGGAGCAGCUCGAGUCGUCCCGCAAGGCUCAGGAGGCAGCGACUGUCGACCACCGCGUCGCGCUGGAAGCUGCACAGCGAGACGUCGAGGCGUCCAAGACCGAUACCGUCCGCGUGCAGACUGCGCUCAGUCGGCUUGAGAGUUAUGUCAGUUACCCAGCCAACAGUGCCGUUUGCAUUCUCUCGGUCGUUUAUGGUUCGCGUUUUUACGAUAAUAAGCAGUCGGUGAUUGACCGGUUGCGGUACCUGAUUGAGCGGCAUGAGGAAUUCAAGAUCACGAACGAUGUUUGCGAGGAUGACCCGCUGUACGGUACUCGCAAGAUGUUGGUGGUGGUGUAUCGGUUCACCGAGAGCUCGCGGGUCGGACGCAUACGAGUUCUUGCCGGGUGGGAGGGUGACUCUGCCCGGUUUGAUGCGCUGGAUUCGACAUAG